AUGGAUGGCAAACACAUUGACAUAAUUCCCCCUAGAAACUCUGGCUCUUAUUUUUUCAACUACAAAGGUCGACAUAGUAUGGUUCUCCUUGCAAUUGUGGAUGCAAACUACAGAUUUCUCCUAGUGGAUUUCGGAACUAACGGCCGUGUAUCCGACGGCGGUGUACUCCAAAAUACUCGUUUUUAUGAAAAGUUAGUGGAGAAAAAGAUACACAUUCCCAAGGUUGACGACGUCAGUGAAAAGUUCAAAAAUGCCCCCUAUGUUUUUGUUGCUGACGACGCGUUCCCACUGACAACUGAAAUUUUGAAGCCAUUUAGACAGGCAAAUCUAGAUUCUGCAAAAAGAGAGGUGUUCAACUAUCGUUUAUCCCGCGCGAGGCAUAUAAUUGAAAACGUCUUUGGUAUUCUUUCAUCUAGAUUUCGCAUUUUUCAUACAGCAAUAAAUUUAGAACCACACAAUAUUGAAAAGGUUGUGAUGGCAGCUUGUGCUCUUCAUAAUUUUUUGAUGGAUAAACAGCCUACAGUAUAUGCCACUGCAAGUUGUUUGUAUCGAGAAAAUUCUGAAGAUGGAAAUAUUUUGUCUAGUGGCUGCGAUAGUGCAGAUUCUAAUAUGAACCCUCUGCAAUCCUUUAAUCGAGGAAGUACUUGUAAAAAUGCCAAAGAAUACCAAAGGGAAGGUUUGUACACAUUAUCUGCUGAGGCGCCAGAGGAGUCACUAUCAGGUAUACCUGUCCGGCGUGACUGUUCAGGCGUACCUGUCAGGUGUACCGGAUAG